UUCCCAGGACAGCCAACCAUGGAGCCCGUGGACAGGAAACGCAGCAGGUGGGCUGCCAAGGCUCAGUUGGAGGCUCAAGUUAGGGCCGCCCCGGCGAAGAAGCAUACAGGUUCAGGGAUGGCCUCUAACUUCCCAGGACAGCCAACCAUGGAGCCCGUGGACAGGAAACGCAGCAGGUGGGCUGCCAAGGCUCAGUUGGAGGCUCAAGUUAGGGCCGCCCCGGCGAAGAAGCAUACAGGUUCAGGGAUGGCCUCUAACUUCCCAGGACAGCCAACCAUGGAGCCCGUGGACAGGAAACGCAGCAGGUGGGCUGCCAAGGCUCAGUUGGAGGCUCAAGUUAGGGCCGCCCCGGCGAAGAAGCAUACAGGUUCAGGGAUGGCCUCUAACUUCCCAGGACAGCCAACCAUGGAGCCCGUGGACAGGAAACGCAGCAGGUGGGCUGCCAAGGCUCAGUUGGAGGCUCAAGUUAGGGCCGCCCCGGCGAAGAAGCAUACAGGAAAGGAUCCAGUCAGUGAUGAAUGUGAGGAAAGAAACCCUUUUACAGAAACAAGGGAGGAAGAUGUAACUGAUGAGCAUGGGGAAAGAGAACCUUUUGCUGAAAAAGAUGAACACACAGGGAUUCAUACCAUGAAGCUAGAAUAUAUUGCAGCUGACAUUAAAAAGGACCUUGCUGCAAAAAGAAAAAUGAUAAAAAUAGAUAAAGCAGCUUACAGGAAAACCAAGAACACAAUUGAACGUGCUUUGAGAAAAAAACAACUAAAAAGGCAGAAACGUGAUUAUAGACAUACUCGGAAGUUGCUGAAUGUCCUUAAAGAAUACAUUGCAGAGAAGCAGAAAGAUGAUGAAGCAGAAGCAGCAGAAGCCGCAGCAGCAGCAGCAGCAGCAGCAGCAGAAGUAAUAGUAGUAGAAGACGAAGAGGAGGAAGAGAAGGAGGAGGAGGAGGAGAAAGAAGAAGAAGAAGGAGAAGAAGGAGGAGAAGAAGAAGGAGAAGAAGGAGGAGAAGAAGAAGGAGGAGGAGGAGAAGGAGAAGAAACAGAAGAAGAAGAAGGAGGAGGAGAAGGAGAAGAAACAGAAGAAGAAGGAGGAGGAGAAGGAGAAGAAACAGAAGAAGAAGAAGAAGAGGAAGAGGAAGAAGAAGAACUAAUUAAAGCAUCUCAAGAAAAACAGAAGAGGUGGCAACAACCUACAAGUGUUAGGAGCUGGAGGCUGAAAGAGAUGAAGCCGCUAAUUGAGCAAUUCAUGAAGGCUACCAGGGAUGCUAAAGACAAUUAUUGCAUCAUUUCUUCCGAUGAAGAAAGUGAACUUGAUAACUAGCUGUGUUUUUAAAUAAAAUCGUGUCAGAACUCUUUUGGAAGAGUUGGCACUUCAUUGUCUCUUCAACCUCUGUUAUUCUGAUGACUGAAGAAAGAACUUGAACCUAUGUUAUAUGAUACAAGCACAACUUGAGCUACAGUAAACUGCAUGACAGUGUUUUGAUAAUUCUUGUAUAAAUCGGUAUAGCUCCUCUGUCAUUUGUCUGUUAAAUGCCAGACCUCGUUUCUAUGAUCUGUUGAAUGAAUCCUAGACACUUCUGUGAGAAAGCAUCAAUUGCACAGUUAUGUACACGGUCAAUUAAAUUUUAACAUUAAAGAUAAUUUAGAUUUCGAUUUGGCCUCUGUGGAUUUGUAUCAGUUCCAAAAAUGUAGAAAGCACAGGCAUAGAAAAGUACAUUUUUCUCUAAUAAAAGAAGACAAAAUCUGCUGGGUAUGGUGGCUCACGCCUGUAAUCCCAGCACUUUGGGAGGCCAAGGGGAGUGGAUCACUUGAGGUCAGGAGUUUGAGACCAGCCUGGCCAACAUGGUGAAACCCCAUCUCUACUAAAAAUACAAAAAUUAGCCAGGCAUAGUGGCAUGCACCUGUAGUCCCAGCUACUCAGGAGGCUGAGGCAGGAGGAUCGCUUGAACCCGGGAGUCGGAGGUUGCAGUGAGCCAAGAUUGUGCCACUGCACUCCAGCCUGGACGACAAGAGCAAGACUGUCUCAGAAAACAAGAAGACGACGACAAAAGCUAUCCUAUCUCUGCAUUCUUUUGUAUUUACUCAUUAGGAUAAAGAGGCAAUUCCAAUGAAAGUAGGACUUCAAAAAAUAGAUAUACUCUAUGGCCGUAUCAAAAUUAUUAAAAAUACCUUAACAUCUGUGUUCUUGAAAAAAUUAAACUACUAUAAAUAAUUAAGGCAACUGAGCAAGAUACAUUAAUAUCAGUGCUGAGCCACUGGUUUGUGGGUAUGUCAUUUCUACAGACAUCAAAAUGACAUUUAGUUUGUUUUGGUCCAUCAUUCAAUGAUAUCUCCCCUUAGCAUUGAUUGAAAAUAUUUUGUUAACAUUUAUGUAUGCUUACAAUUAUUUCACAUCUGUGGCAAGGUAAAUUAUGUAGAGUGCUUUGUUUUUCCAGUUUAAUAUUCAUGGAUUAUGUGGAAAUUUAAGUAUACUUGCAUCUAAAAACUUGAAUGAUGAAUUUGCCUACCUUUCCUUUUUUUAAUGUUAAUGUUUUCACAUGUAACAACAUAUAACAACAUGUAACAACAUGUUUAAAAAUACAUUUUUGCAUGUAAAAACAUGUUAAAAAGAUGCACACGUUUUUACAUGUAAAAGGAAUUUUACAUGUAACAGCAUGUAAAAAAAUGUUCAUUUGGAAACACUUUAUUUAGUAAAUAUGAAAUUCAGAAUAUAUUUGGAGUAAGUCAGUUAAAUGUAUUCUUUUGCUGAGUUUCUGAAAUUCCAUUCAUGAAUUGUUCAAAACACAAUACUCCCACUGGAAGGAGAGGAGCGACUUCCUCUCAUUUUUCCUUGUGCUUUUUAUUUUAAUUAGCCCCUAUAUAAUACCACUCUUAUUUUUUCUAGGUUUUCCAAGUUUAAGAAAAAAAGCAAGUUCAUUCAGAUAGUGUUUUUCUGCCUGUAGUCACUUAUACAGGAAUAAGUGCGUCCCUGUGGGGAGCAUUUAAUUCCUAAAGUUUGCAUUUUCGUAAAGGAUUUUCCUUUUACCCAAAGUGUGUGUUGGUACUAAUAAGUACUCCUAAGUACUACUUCAAGUUUCUAAGAAGAUCCUUAUUUGGGAUCUCUUUCAGUAGUUACAGAGCCAAAAUAAGCACUGCAGAGGUCCAUGUGCAAGUUCUGUUGUACAUACUGAGCUACCUGACUAUUUCUUCUAUAGUGGAAGGAUGAGAAAGAGGCCAAAAUGUACUUAGUGGUGGAACAGUUGAUAUUUAUGUCACCCCUUACUAUCAAGUGAGUAACUGUGUACUUGAAGUCACAUUUUUUUUUUCUUUAGAGACAUUGUCUCACUCUGGCCCAGCCAGAGUGCAGUGGUGUGAUCAUAGCUCACUGCAACCUUGACCUUUUGGGCUCAAGCGAUCCUCCCACCUCAGCCUUCAUAGUGUCUGAUAACAGGUGUGCACACCAUGCCCAGCUAAAAUAUAUAUUCUUUUUAGAGAUGAAGUCUCCCUGUGCUGCCCAGGCCGAUCUCAAAUUCCUGGCUUCCAGUGAUACUUCCACCUCAGCCUCCCAAAUUGCUGAGAUUACAGGCAUGAGCCACUGAGCCUGGCUGCAUUAUCUCACUUCUAUAUGGAAUCUAAAACAGUUGAACUCACAGAAACAGAGAAUAGAAUGAUGGUUACCAGGAGCUGGGGGAGGUGGAAGGCUGGGGAGAUGUUGGCCAAAGGGUACAAGAUUUCAAUUAGGAGAAGUUCAAGAGCUCUAUUGUAAAACAUGGUGACAACAGAUAACGAUAGUAUUAUAUUUUUAGGGAUUGCUAAGAGGGUAGAUUUUAAGAGUUCUCACCACAAAGAAAAUUAUACUUAGGUGAAUUAAUGCAAAUUUCAACUAGCUUGGUGUAGCUAUUUCACAAUGUAUACAUAUUUCAAAGCAACCUGUUGUAGAUGGUAUAUACCAUUUAAGUUUGUCAAUUAAAAUAAGUUAGUGAAAUGUUUGGAAUUAAAAAUAAAAACAUACAUUCAU